CGCGCACACUCGCAGUGUGGAUUCAAUGAGGGCACCAUUUUAAUAUAUCGUUAUAUGUAGGACAAAAAUAUUAAAUUACUUAACGAAAGCAUCACACAGAGAGCAACCUAAUUGGCACGAUAAGCCCUCAAAGGUCAAAAUAAAUUGAAUUGAGGAAACUUACUGACUCAAGGCGGCCGUCAGCGUCAGGCUGCUGCGGUGUCGGUUCAGGUAGAGAGGCAUCAGGUGGGACAGCCACAGUGCUGGCCGCUGCAGGAGUGCUACAGCUGGCAAACACCGAAACACCAAAUGUUUCCUGUCCCAAAGACUGAGAAGAAGGCGUCGUACUCCAUCCGCUUGGUGGGCAUCCAGUCCUCAAAUACUGAAGGUGCGUCCGUUUAAUGUGGCGAAAAAAAGAGUUAAAAACUCUAAAAUCCUGUUCACAUCCGUCAAUACCACAGUAAACCCAAAAAUCCGAGCUGCGACUGUGACUUUUAUUAAUGUGGCUAAGGAGUACUUUAAGACUUAAAGCAACAAAGACGAAACAUAUCAUACAUCUCCACGCCGCCAUGAUGUACCGUCGUUGUCGCGGGCUAAUGACGCUGAGGUGGAUGGGGAGGGGGGCACUCAUGGAAUAAUUUGUUAUUAUUUUAACAAUACAUUUCUCUAAUUAUAAAUGCGACCCAAUUCAUUGUAUGAUGAUAGAUGUUUUGUUUUACUAAUAUUUUGCUAACAAGUUCAUGUUUACAUUCGAUCAUUUCUGCGCAUCCUCAGUUCCUCCAACGGUCCCACCUCAAUGACGUCAGUGAUCGCGAAUCUCCGCUUGAGUAACUGAAAGAUUUGGGUGCGUCACAUUAGAAGAAGUGCAAGAACAGCGGCUCAAGGUCAGUAAACUGUAUUGAAUUGGUAAAUAUUACUUGCCAAAAUCAUAUUGGUUGUUGUGGUGGUAUUACAAAAUCUGCCAAGAAGCAGAAGAAGAACAUGCGUUGUCCAUAUGUCGGUAUAUGCUUAGCAAGCUAGCUAAUUGUUAGCUAAUGUGCACUUUUACACGCUACCCGCUAGCUAACGAGCUCUGUUUGCCUAUGGGUUUUCCCAGGUAGUUCUACAGUACCGCCUGUUAAUGCUUCAGGGAGCUGAUAAAUCUAGGAUGGAUACCUUUGACGAUGCCACUCUAUCGGUGUUGGAGGUUUAAAAAUACCACGGACCAAGAUGCCAACAAUUGUGCCAUGCCACCAUGCCAGCCUCAAACCUCAGCCCCCAUAUCUGCUGAGAAAAAAAUGAAAAUGAAAAUGCCAGACCCUCCAGAGUAUGUGGUGUACACUGAUUCAGAGUUAGACAUGGUGCAUAGUCAAUACUUUGCACUGCUCUGCAAUGGAAAGGAAAAAAAAUUACACAAUGUCCAAGGAGCUAUGCUGCAGACUUAUAAGGAACACAAUAACCAGUAUGGUUGCUAUCCUGUGUGCUAGUCCCAUGGGGAAAGAAGUCAGAUACCCGUCAAAAUUGGAAAUGAGAGCCAUGUCACAGAAGAUUAUAGACUAUUACCCAAUGUUACGGGAUGAUGAUCCAAACAUGCCAUAUCUGACCAUCUACGCCAAAAUGUACAAAUGACUCCAAAAUAUGAGAUAUCCACCAAAGAGGCAAGGCUCUGUACCACAAUGAGGAGUGGCAAAGACAGCUCUCUUCAGUGCAGACAACCAAGAGACGGAUUGGACAAGCAACUCGAGUGAUAACACCGUACUUCUUGAGAGCAAUGAUGACCUUAGCGAGGACAACUCCAGUGCAGGUGUGCAAAUUGUGGGCAAAAAAUUAAGGGGUGCUAUCAUACAACUUGUUUUUUGUCUAGAAAUUGUCUGAUCAUGUAAUGAAACUAUAGCUGUCCGUAUUUGUUGAGCCAUGGCUAGCCAUGCACUGUGUUUAUCUGCCUGUUUUGCUUGUUAUCAUGCUUUUAAUUGUGUUGCGAUUUUUUUUCAUAAUUUCCCGAAAAAGCAUCCCCAGCACAACGACCCCCCUCUGUGCCAAGAAAGCCAAAGACCAAAACCUCGCUGCUGCCAUCUGCAUCAGCCUCAGGCUCCUCACUCAGGACUGUGAUCGCUUCACCAACCACGCCUGCAAAGGAUGAUGUUGGUAAGCCCACCUCAGCACACCUCUCAGCCUUAUCUAUGAUAAUGUCUUUCAGAGUGGCAAAUCAAGAGUCUAAACUGUUGAAGAUUCAAUUUAAAUUUCCUUAGAUUGUGGAUGUUAAUGGAAACACUUUUUUCAGACAACUCCCAUUGUGCAUAUAAACAACAUAAAAUGAUUGCAUUUACCUUAUUUCGACCAGCAUAAUAAUGCAAUAAAGUUGUGUUUACAUUGAAAUGUCUGCUCUGUUUUUUGCCAUUUCAGUCGCCCAGGACAGUCUGAAGAUGCAGGCUAGGCACUAUAAAACCUUGAGCAACAUGUACAAUAAGCCAAAUGCAAAACCCAAUCAAAGCGAUGUUGCUCAAGUUUUAGACCUUGAGUUUAAGGCCAGACGGGCAUUCAUUGAUGCAGAUGUUACAAGGGAAGAAGACCGACCUGCAAAAAUCUUUGAGGCAUAUCCAUGCUUUAGAGAUGUUCGAAAUGCAAUGGAUGAGCUGCGGCGCAUAGUAGGUGGCACCAACAGCAGAUACAUCGAGGAAGUGAAAGGAAGAUGGGCAGACUUUUGUGCCAAGGUGCAGUUCUAUGGUGUGUGGAAGAAAGCCCUGAAACCCCCUUUUCCAUUGGAUGUCCGUGGAGUGGAGUUCACGCUUGCCAUCUUCAAUGCACUCCCAUCCCUUUUCCCCUCACCAACUUCACCACCAAAGAAGCUUGGAAAUAGCUGUGAGGCACUUCUUCAUGUCCUGAAGUCAGGCGAAGACCCUACCCUGUACCUGGAGAAGCGUCCUCUCUCCUCCCCAGUUCUGCUUUCUGAUGGAUCAACCACCAUCGUGGCUGUGGGUAACGUACCUGUGACCACCCUCCCUCAGGAAGAUUUCUCAGACGGGAUGUUGGUGUUAAUGGCAUAUUACUACACUUUGCACUUAAGAUAUCCGAAAUGUGUUGCAACUCUCCUGUCAGUUAUUCAAACAGAGGUAAUUGGUGACACAAUCCACGAUCAAGAUGCCACUAGUGCUUACAAGAAAGCAAUGGCUGAUUGGAAGUCUUUCAUUGAGAAGUAGCUGAGUAUUUUGUCAUGUCAGUUCUUAUUGUUAGCUGUGCCUACAAUAGUUUGGUGUUGCACAAGCUUAUACAGAACACUGAGUUAUUACCUCAUUGAGGCCUGUAUUACAUAUUAUUGUUAGCUGUGUCAAUAAUUUUUGGUGUUGCACAAGCUUAAAUCACUGAGUUAUUACCUCAUUAAGGCCUGUAUUUCAUAUUAUUGUUAGCUGUGUCAAUAAUUUUUGGUGUUGCACAAGCUUAAAUCACUGAGUUAUUACCUCAUUAAGGCCUGUAUUUCAUACUAUUGUUAGCUGUGUCAAUAAUUUUUGGUGUUGCACAAGCUUAAAUCACUGAGUUAUUACCUCAUUAAGGCCUGUAUUUCAUAUUAUUGUUAGCUGUGUCAAUAAUUUUUGGUGUUGCACAAGCUUAAAUCACUGAGUUAUUACCUCAUUAAGGCCUGUAUUUCAUAUUAUUGUUAGCUGUGUCAAUAAUUUUUGGUGUUGCACAAGCUUAAAUCACUGAGUUAUUACCUCAUUAAGGCCUGUAUUUCAUACUAUUGUUAGCUGUGUCAAUAAUUUUUGGUGUUGCACAAGCUUAAAUCACUGAGUUAUUACCUCAUUAAGGCCUGUAUUUCAUAUUAUUGUUAGCUGUGUCAAUAAUUUUUGGUGUUGCACAAGCUUAAAUCACUGAGUUAUUACCUCAUUAAGGCCUGUAUUUCAUACUAUUGUUAGCUGUGUCAAUAAUUUUUGGUGUUGCACAAGCUUAAAUCACUGAGUUAUUACCUCAUUAAGGCCUGUAUUUCAUAUUAUUGUUAACUGUGCCUACAAUAGUUUGGUGUUGCACAAGCUUACAGAAUACUGAGUUAUUACCUCAUUGAGGCCUGCAUUUAAAAUGGUCAAUGAAAAAUCCAUAACUGAGAGGGCUAAGAAGUGUUUUUGUUUUGUUUUUUGCUCUUUUGCUUUUAAUUGUUUUUUUUUUUUUUAUGGAAAAUUAUUCAAAUGUAUAGCAACCUAUACUUGCUGAUGUUAAAUAAAUGUCUUAUAAGCCAUUCUGGUCUGCACCAUUAUUCUAAAAAUAAGCACAGGCUA